CAUGAUAACAAUCCAUUACAUUACAGUACGACGUUAAUGCUUUGUUGUUUGAAAGUGACUCCCACGUAGCUUUUAUUAUUAUAUACAUAUUCUCUUCCUUCUCUCUCUUUUUCUCUAAAUAAAUCUAAUCGGAAUCUUCACCAGUUAAUCAGAGCUUUGAGUAGAUAAGACUCGUGGAUGCGUCAUCUCUUUUAUUGAACGUUCAAUAUUGUUAUUUUUCAUUCCUGGUAUUGAGGAAAUAGUUUGUCCUUGAAGCUUUGAAUAUUAACAGACCAUCAUCAGCAGAUGGGGUCUGAAGGUUCUCCAGCAGCUGUAACAACAACAGUUCAUGUAACAGGUUUCAAGAAAUUCCAUGGGGUUUCAGAGAAUCCAACGGAAACAAUUGUGAAUAAUUUGAUGGAGUAUUUAAAGAAGAAGGGUUUGCCAAAAGGGUUAGUUAUUGGGAGCUGCAACAUUCUUGAGACUGCGGGUGAAAGAGUACUCGAUCGCCUCAAUAAUACAUUGCAGUCUGCCAUUACUUCCAAGGAGUCUGAAUCUCCAAGUUCCAACAGAAUUAUCUGGCUGCAUUUUGGGGUUAAUAGUGGUGCAACAAGGUUUGCUAUAGAGCGUCAAGCUGUCAAUGAGGCUACAUUCCGCUGCCCUGAUGAAACACAAUGGAAGCCCCUGAAAGAGCCUGUUGUUUCUUCAGAUGGUCCAAUUACACGAAUACGGAAGACUACCCUUCCCGUGGAGGAGUUAACCAAAAUCCUGACAAGUAAAGGUUAUAAUGUAAUGACAUCCGAUGAUGCGGGCAGGUUUGUGUGCAACUAUGUUUACUAUCAUUCCCUUCGCUUUGCGGAGCAGAACGGGAUCAAAUCCCUUUUUGUGCACGUGCCACUCUUCUCUACAAUCAAUGAAGAGACCCAAAUGCAAUUUGCUGCUUCCUUGCUAGAGGUACUUGCUUCAUCAUGCUAGAAACAUUUUCAGAUGUAAAUGAUCUGGUGUUACCUGGUUUGUGAAAGUAGAUGAGUGUACUUUGAAUAAGACGAUAUUAAAAGAUAUUGUUUUGAGAUGGAAAAUGGUUUAUUGCAAAUGGCAUGUGUAGCAGAGGUGUUUGCUUUAUCAGUGAAUGUUUAUGAUUAAAGGCUUCGGAAAAUUGUCAAAACUUGUUGUUGAUAUCUUCAGUGCACAUUGUGAAUAUUUGUUCCGUUGUCUAUAA